GUUCAUCUUGAUGGGUGUUUAGUUUUCCGGAGGCUGCCGUGCGAGCUGGAUUGGAUAGGAUACCUUGUGCUGGGAAAUAUAAUAUCUCUAACGUUCUACUUCAAAGUGUUUUAGAGUUGUGACUAGCAAAAAAAUGGCUUGCAGAUUAUCGAGGAACGGAGUUGAGAGUGUGCAGAAAGUGCUAUUUUUAUUGCUGAUUAGUGUCAUAGGAGCAGUGAUUGCCUGUAAUGGUGGCUUCAAAAUCAAGGUCCGCAAGGUGGAAAACUGCGCCGGCCCGGACGCGGUCAUCACGGCCCACGAAAACUACACCGCGGUACUAACGAAGAACUGCGAAAUCAAAUCCCGCGGCUGUGUCAGCUUUAAGUCGUUCAACACGGCUAUUUCGAGCCUGAAGGUCAAAAAGGAUGGCAUCGUGGUGCUGCAGGACCGGGUGAAUCUGUGCGAACGGUUGGCCAAGGGACGCAAGGAUGCCAACAUUGGCCAGAUGCUGAAAACGUUGCGACUCCCGGAGAGCUGUCCGGUUGAGGAGGGAACGCUCUGUACGGAUCCGUCCCAGGCCGUCAACAUCGAGCAGUACAAACAGUUCCUCCCGUUGGCACGUGGCCUCAUCGAUAUCGAGAUGGACAUCCAGCACGACACGGGCAAAAGCUGCUUCCGAGUGCAGAUCGACAUCGCCAAGUGAGCUGCAACAGGUUUAUGACGACUUUGGAAGGUGGAAUGAAUUACAAUUACUACGAAUCAACGCUAAUCAAGUGCUUAUGGUGAUACUAAAAUAUAUACAGUACGUUACCUCAUUGAAUCCGAGACUAAGUUGUACAUCGGGGGAACCACAUCGACUGUGUUUGUGUUUCCGCUAAAUUGACUCCAGGAAAGUUCCAUGGAAAAAGUUUUUAAAAUUACAAAUGAAGUUAUUGAAUAUGAUGUCUUAAAGUUAUCUCACAGCAAUGA